CGCUAUUGCGCAUGUGCAGUGACGUGUUCGCAAGCUGGACGUCAUGAUGGCAAGCGCAGCGUGAACAUAUGGACAGCCAGAGCUCUGUUCCUAUAAAAUGGCACCCUCCUCAUCCUCAUGCUGUUGUGGCUGUUCCUCUCCCUGUACCUGGCAGUGCUCACGCUCCUCAGCCUACACUUUAGUUCUUGGCUUGGUAUUCGUUUCGCUAGGGACCAGUCGCAUUAUUUUACUGAAGUUCUCUGAAAAUGAAGAAAACAAGUAUGACUUUCACCCUGCCUCUGUAAACUUAAUGGCAGAGACCAUUAAACUUAUCUUUUGUUUAGUCAUGUCAGUGCGAGUGAUCAUUCGAGAGGGUCGUUCUUGUAAGGACUUGGGCUGCUCCUCUGGUUCCUCUUUUUUAAGCUGUUUAAAAUGGGCUGUCCCUGCAUUCCUCUAUUUUCUUGACAACCUCAUCAUUUUUUAUGUGAUGACCUACCUCCAACCUGCGAUGGCAGUAUUGUUCUCCAAUGUCGUUAUUCUUACAACAGCAAUUCUGUUUCGGUUUGUUCUGAAGAGGCGUAUGUCCUGGGUGCAGUGGUCCUCCCUCAUCAUUCUUUUCUUCUCUAUUGUGGCACUGACCAUGAAUACAUGCAGUAACCAGCAUACUGUCAGUGUGCAUGGCCUGCAUGCAGCUCAUGUCUCUGCGCCCUCUAGCAGCUGCUCAAACUAUACACUGUUGGAAAUGAAGAAGCACAACCAGAAUGAGACCAGCUGGGCAGAGGGACUAGCGCCUGAGCUCUGGAACAGCCAGCUUGUCCAACGUUUACGCGGCUUUGGCCUUGGCUAUGUCUUGCUGCUGCUUCAGUGCUUCACCUCUGCACUGGCCAACAUCUACAAUGAGAAGAUCCUGAAGGAUGGAGAACAGCUGGCUGAAAGUAUUUUUAUCCAGAACAGUCGUCUGUAUGUUUUUGGUGUUGCCUUCAAUGGCCUAGCAUUGGUGCUGCGUGCUGACUCGCGGACAAUGAUGCUGCAACAUGGCUUGUUUCACGGUCACAAUGCCUACUCUGUAGCGCUGACCUUCAUCACAGCUGCCCUUGGUCUCUCUGUUGCCUUCAUCCUUAAGUUCCGUGACAACAUGUUCCAUGUGCUGACAGGCCAAAUCACCACUGUGCUCGUCACAGCCCUGUCAUUCUUCCUCUUUAAUUUCCGCCCAGAACUAGACUUCUUUCUACAGGCACCCGUUGUUUUGCUGGCCAUCUUUAUAUACCACAGCAGCAGCCUUAAGGACCCAGAGUAUGUAUUGCAGCAAGAGAGGCUCAGGGUCAUCAAUGGAGAGGUGUUUGAGCGGCAUCAAGGGGAUGGGGAAGAGUUGGAGAGAUUAAAUAAGUCUGAUUCAGAGGCUGAUUCAGAAGAAGAGUCUUUCUGAGCUUACAUUCUCAUUCCAGACUUUACCUACUAAUGUGUUACUGUAAUUAUUGCAAAUGAUUUGUCAAUGUGCCUGUAUUUAUAAUGCUCAUGUUGCUAUAUUUAUUGACCCUUUUUUCAGGGACACUAUUAUAUUGGUGAAAAUGCUUAAUGCACUCAUACCUGUAAACCCACUAGAAUGACACUGUCAGUGUUUCUGCUGUGCUAAGAAUUAUCUGGUAAUUGGUAUCUUUGGACAGAUUGGGAACAAAAUGUGUACAGAAACAGAUGGGCUACAGUCAGCAGGUGUAAACAUAGUUUACCACACUGUGGUACGAGUUCUUUCAAUGGGCCAAAGAAUAUAAAGCGUGGCCUAAAUAAAAAAUAUCCAUAUGCUGAAGUAGUUUAAAUUUCAGUGUCCAUGGCAUUGUAUUUUGCAGGUGAUCAAUUUUAAAUGUCAAAUGUCUGCUAAGGCUUAAUAAAAUUUCUAAAAUGGCAUAAAAUUUUUGAUUAAACAUUAAAAAUGUUCCAGAGUAAAACAGAGAA